GACCACAGAGAGCGGAGGAGGCGUCGGGCUCGGGUUGGAAGCUGCGGCUGAGCCAUGGUGAAAAUCAGCUUCCAGCAGCCGGUAGCAGAACUCAAGGCGGAGAAGGAUGGCGCCGCAGCCUGUGGGGCCAAGGCAGAAAUCUUCCUGCCUCAGGAUGUGGAGGAGCAGCCUUUGCCAGUGCAGAGCAGAAGGUCUUCUCUCAGCCGCAUGUGCUACUUGACAAUGAGCCUGAUGUUGUUGCUCCUUGGCUUAAUUUUGACAUCCAUGUAUGUCUACAGAUACUUCUCCAUUACUGGCUCAUCUCCGACCGACUCAGAAAAUCUCUUCCACUGUGGAGUUAUCUAUCAAGACCAUUACUACUCAGAGUUAAGGGAACAGCUGGAAUUGCAUGAGGAUGUGAGGAUUUACCUGGAGGAGGACUACGAACAGAUCAACAUUCCAAUGCCCCACUUUGGUGAAAGUGAUCCUGCAGAUAUUAUCCAUGAUUUUCAGCGGGGACUGACAGCAUAUCAUGACAUAGCCCUUGAUAAAUGCUAUGUCAUUGAGUUGAACACCACUAUCGUCAUGCCGCCACAGAGCUUCUGGGAGCUUCUCAUUAAUAUGAAGAAAGGGGUGUAUCUGCCGCAGACCUACAUAAUCCAGGAGGAGAUGAUAGUCACGGAGCACGUCACUGACAUGGACCAGCUUGGCUCCUUUAUUUAUCAUCUGUGCCAUGGCAAAGAGACAUAUAGGCUGAAGCGUAGAACUUCAAGGAGACAUAUCCAUCGACGUGCAGCAGAGAACUGUCAUCACAUUCGCCAUUUUGAAAACACCUUUGUGGUUGACACUGCAAUUUGUCAGAAGCUGUGAGAACCACUUGCCAGAUGUAACCUUGCUGGGCUUUGCUUGUACUCAUCCAUGCAGGCUUUCUUUUCUGGAGAGAGAAUUUGGCUUAUUUUUCGUCUUGCUCCCAUUGCUUGUGCAUUACUAACUUCUCAGGUCACAUGUUAUCGAACACUGAUCUUUGGUGUCUCUAUAUUGCAUUUGCUUCUUAGAUUUUGCUUAAAUUUCACAGUUACCCCAAAAUGUGACUGGGGAGGGAAGGGGAAGGUUCCUUGUGAAAAUUGGUCCAGUAGUCUCUUCUGGGAGUGUGCAGCAUUCUCUGAGACAUCUAAGUAUGGAACCACAGAAGACUCUUAAUACGAAUGGUUGGCCAUUUGUUAACUUCGGGGAGAAAGAAGUUAAGUGACAGUGGAAACUUCUGAAUGCAUUUAGCUUUCCAGGGCCAUUAUUUUGUUGUGUUACCUCAGUGUGGAGAUCCCUUUCCUCUGUCUCAACCUGUUGUUAACAGAAAAUUCACCAUAAAAUUGCUUCUCUGAAAAGGAGUGAAAGAUGCACUAGAAAGACUUUUGGCAGCCCACUGUAGAAGUUCACAGACCUGUGAGCCUGGUUUAUUCUAGGUAUAUUGUUCUGCAAGGCAGAAUAUGUGGCUUUUGUUGUACUAGCUUGCAAUUAAGGAUGUCAUUUGUCUGCAGUAGCCACAGCCCCAAGAUGCAAGGUACGUGUGCUUGUGAUAAUCCAGGUUUGUUCUGGAAGCUGUUGCUGGCAAAGGGAUCUUAAAGCUGGCUCCUUUCCUCCUAGCAGUCUGUGAAGACAGUCCUGAUCUUGAGCAUGUGAACCUUGAAUCUCAGUAUCAUCCCUGUUGGCUCUAUGCAUUAAGUUCCCUAGGGAACGUAAUGGGGUCCGUGAGGGUCUAAUAGAGAAAAAGACCUGGAGCCUAACAAAAACAAAGGAAGGGUGGCAAACCAGCUGCGUGCAGUUAAUUAGCCAAUGUCUGAUGAUGUCCUUGUGCUGAAUGAUGCACCAUUUUUGCACUUUUACUGCACUUCCAGUACAGGUUAAUGGGCCAAAAUGGACUAGUUUGAUAAUCUGACUCUUCUAGGUUUGCUACCUAGCCGACGUGCCUCUGUUUGUAGCACACAUGAUAACAUAAGGAGCUGUGCUUUCUUUAGCGCGAUCUAGUCCAGCAUUCUCCUUUGCGGUAGUUUUUAAGUGGAUCAAGCACGGCCUUUGUCGCGGCUGUGGACACAUACUCAGUUCUGUGCCCCUUUAUUUGCAGGUGAAACAUGGACUGUUUCUCAUUUUACUUUUGAAGAGAUGAGUACUAAACAGUUGUUUUAUCAGCCAAAAGCUUGGACCAACUGUUUGGCUUAUUUGAAAGUUUGGGGGCAGUAUUUCAGAAAGCUGUUUAGCAUUCAGUGGCUGAAGGUGAUGGGAGGCUGCAGUGACAAUAGUCAGCUUGACACUUGUCUCUCUCAUUCUCCCUGCCCAAGGGCAGCUUGGGAUAGUCGGGGAAGUGAUGAGGGGGUCCCCCUGUGAAAUCUGACAAACAUGAGCGAUAACCAUCACUACUUGGCUAGAGUCUUCAUGCUGCAUCAUCAGACUUCAGUGUUUGGCCUGGACUGUAUUCCCUACACAUAAAAAUCAGCUGCACACUCAGGAGGAAAGAAUAGCUCCCUGUUUCUCUUCACACUUUACCCCAGUUAAAUCUCUAAACAUGAGAAUUUGAACAGAUCGUGAUCAAGAUGCCUAGAAUCCUGUGCUUUUAGCAAGAAUUUACAACUGUUGCCAUGCAGUAAUGCACUGACACAGUUACCUUAACAGAACCUUAGGUGGUUUUGGUUCCAGAUUAAUUUUGGCAGGAGCCAAGGAAUGGCAGCUGAGAUGCAUGUAACAUGGAGGCCUCCAGCUGAGUAGAGUGCAGGGGAUGUGAGAUGCAUCGAACAGAACACACCUAGGCAUUCCUUAGCAUGCCUUGCAGAUACAUGGGACCUUCAAAAACAGGUGAUGUGUCUUUUCUUUUUGCUGUUGGCAGUUGAGGAUAUGAACUCCAUACUGGUCCCAUUGAGUUGUGAGAGAUCUCCAUUGGGUGGCCUUGGGCCAGUCACUCUCUCAGCUUA